AUGAAUAAAAUGGCACAAACCAAAUGUAUUGGAGAAUGUCAACCAGGUACUUACUCUGCAACGGGUUAUAGUCCUUGUAAGAAAUGUCCAAUUGGAUUUUUCCAACCACAUUCUGGAGAAAAUGCUUGCUUUGAAUGUAGUUCAGAACAGACAACCUUGAACACGGGAUCUAUAAAUCACACACAAUGCAUUAAUGCUUAUGGUCAUUAUUGCUCUAACACUGUAAAGUGUAAAAACCAAGGCAGAUGUGAGGUAAUCAACCAUAAAGCUUUCUGUCAUUGCAUUGAGGGUUUCAACGGGCCUAGGUGUGAGACAAAGCUAAACCCUUGUGACUCUCAUCCUUGUUUCAAUGGGGGAAAAUGUAUACCUGACCCAAUCUUGUUCUCAUAUACAUGUGAAUGUCCAAAAAUACUGACAACAACCUUCGAAUAUUAUCCUGAUCUACAGGGUGGCCUCAGUUUCUUUAGUUCACAUUUAUUAAGCUCAGAGGAAGAAUGUAAAGAACUGUGCAAGAAUGAAAAAUGGUGUCAGAUGACAACUUAUGUGAAUAAUCUGUGCAUCCUCUAUGAUGACCAUUCUGUGUCUCUGAGCCAAUCAAAUGUGGGAGCUGUCACAUUCAAAAAGCACAUCAUAAGUGAUCCUUUGUUCUCAGGAAUGAACUGUGAAAAGAAGCUGACGUGGGCAUGCUUUCACACAUGCUUUGAGCCAGACCAGUGCCUUUCAAACAAAUGCAAAAAUUCUGGUUCCUGUUAUUCUAAUCUUGCCACAGAUGGUUCCCAAUGUAGUUGUCAACAUAAUGGCUUUAAAGGACGAUACUGUGAUGAAGAAAUUAAUGAAUGUGAAGUGAAUCCUGAUGCUUGCUUGAAUGGUGGCAAGUGUGUUGAUGCUGUUGGUCAUUACAUAUGUGAAUGUAAACCAGGAUUUUCUGGUAAAAACUGUGAAUUAUAUUCAGACAUUUGCCAAGAUGAUUUUUGUCUUGAUGGAAAAUGUCACUUUGACCAUCGAAUCUUAAAUAAGACUUGCAUUUGUAGAAAACCUGAACUGAAAGAUGAAACUGGAAAAUGUGUGAAAGAUGAACCUUGUAAAACAUUCUUAUGUUUGAAUGGUGGGACCUGUUUAAUGUUAGAAACAGAAGUAGCAGUUUGCAAAUGUGUACCUGGUUAUGAGGGAAAACAAUGUCAGCGUAACAAAGAUGACUGUAUUUCAAAUCCAUGUGGUGAAAGUAACAUGUGUGUUGAUGGCAUUAACUCCUUCACAUGUGUCUGUAAACCUGGAUUCACUGGUGAAUUUUGUGAUGUAAACAUUAAUGAAUGUAAAUACAUUAAUACAAAUGCUAAAAGAUGCCAUGAAAACAAUACCCUGAAUUGCACAGAUAAAGUUAAUGGAUUUACAUGUCAUUGUAAAGCUGGAUUCACAGGGCAGUUUUGUGAGGAAGACAUCAACGAGUGUGACACCCAACCUUGUAUGUAUGGAGCUACAUGUAUUAAUAAAGUGAAUGAUUUUAUGUGCAAAUGCCCUAAAGGAUGGACUGGUAAAUUGUGCAACAAGAAUAUUGACUUUUGUAGAGUCAAUCCUUGUAAAAAUCAUGGAAGGUGCCAGAAUUUACAAAAUACUUUCUUCUGCAGAUGUCAUCCAGGCACUUAUGGUCACACUUGUGUCCAUGUUCCUGACCUUUGUUCAGUUCUUAAAAUGUGUACCAAUAAAGGAAUUUGCAGUGUCAGUAGGCAUCAGGCUUCCUGUUCAUGUCCAAAUGAAUAUUAUGGAAAGUCAUGCCAGUUAUUUAAAAACAUUUGCUUUCAGCAGAUGAAUAUUUGCAAAAAUGGAGGCACUUGUAUCCACAAAGGAUACAGCUAUGAAUGUCAGUGUCAAAAAGGAUAUACUGGAAUUAACUGUUCAGAAAAAGUUGAUGUCUGUAAGGGAUUUGUAUGUCCUCAAAACAGUGUGUGUGUUCAGUCCAGUGAUCUAAAGACAGCAACUUGCAAAUGUAAUGAAGGAAAAACCUUUGCCAAUAAGAUUUGCAAAGAUUUUUCUCCAGAUUUUGAUCUGUUCUUUGAUGAUGAGAUCAAUGUAAAUGGGGCAACUCUCCGUCAUACUUUACCAUUUCAAAAUUCAGAAUUGACUUUGUCAUUUUACACAUUGUUAUUCCAUCCUAACCAGACUAAUGCAGUAAUAUUCUCUAUUUAUUAUGUGGACAGAAAUGAUCACUUAGUGAAACUGAUGACUAUUCAUGAGAGCCAUAUUGUCCUCUGGGAUAAACACAGAUCUGUCAGUGAGAGUUUUCCAAGUCUGAAAGCUGGAAAGUCAGCCAUGUGGCACCAUGUUACUGUGUCAUGGGAUGCUUCUGGAAAUCUACAAUUAUUUUUGGAUGGGAUUACAGAAAUUAACAAAACAAUUAAUAUAGUUCCCAAAAGUAAAGUCAGUGUUAUUGUCAAACUGGGCAUACAUUUUUCUGGCUACAUCAGUCAACUUUUUAUUUGGAACAAAAUCAUUCCUUAUAUUAUGAUUAUGGGAAAGGAAACAUUGUUCCAGCCACCAUCUGGUUAUAUUCAGAGCUGGGGUGAUUACCUACUGGACACAGGAAUAGAAAGAAGGCAUCCAAGCCAUUCAAUGAAACCUGUUUGUGAAAUGGGAGUCUAUACUCCUGUCUGUAUAUUUUGGCCAGAUAAAAGAAAACCUAAAUUUGUGAAUUGUCAACACAAAGAUAGUUUUUUCACAAGUGAAGAUUGGAUCACUGAGGGUAUUCCAUUUGAAAUACCAACAGGAAAUGGAAGUGUUACAAACAGUCAGCAUGAGGAUGGUGUAUACACAUGGGGUGCCUAUCCUCAAAUAUAUGUUUUACAGGAUGAUCAAGGCAACUAUGACACAUGUCGAUCAAAGCUAUAUGUCCAAGAUCAAAACAAAUGCAAAUACAGAUCACAAGCAGAAGUUGAACUUUGUGCCAAUCAAGCUGGAAUAUGUGCUGUGAAAUGUGGUCCUCAUUCUGCACCCUGUCAAGAAUUGCCCAAAGUGAUUACAUGUGGUAAAUUGGGAAAAUUCAAUCACAGGGAACCUUUUGAACCAUUCCUUGUACCUUCUUGUGGAUUGAAAAGUCCUGCCACCUCUGAUAUCUCCAUCUCAUUCUUUUAUAAUUUUGUAACACCAUGCCAAGAAAAUUUUUCAGUUCGUGUUGCCAAAUAUGUUUUAGAGCAGAUACAGGCUACCAAUAAAGAAUGGCCUGGAUUAUGCAAUGACCAGUAUAAUAUGUGCACCAAUGUUAAUGUCAGUAUUGUCUGCCAGUCUGGAAUGUCAGCUGCACAUGGACAGGUAUUCAUCAAAGGAUCAAGGUCAGAAUUGAAGAGUCCUUAUAAUCAGCAAACUCUUGAUAUAACAGAUGUGAUUAAAAAGCUUUUUAAUUCCCCAAAUGAAAUGGAUUUUUUGUCAAUUGCCAAUGCAAAACUUGAAGAACCAAUUGUUAUCACAUCUGAGAAGUCUUGUGCUGCAGGAUCUGGAUUGGUUCAGAAUUCUUGCAUUGUAUGUGGUUUGGGUAUGUAUUCAGACCCUGUAACUAGGAGAUGUGAAUUUUGCCCUCUUGGUCAGUACCAGGAAAAUACUGGCCAAUCCAGCUGCCACCAUUGUCCAUUUAAUACUACAACUCUCUACAGAGGCUCGGCUGAUUCAAGUGAUUGUGUCACUUUAUGCUCCAUUGCUCAUUUCUACAACUUGACCACUGCAAGAUGUAGUGAAUGUCCAAAGGGAUAUUACCAGAGUAUGCCAGGAAAAGCUUACUGUGUACCAUGUCCACUUGGUACAACAACUGUUAACACAGCAACCAUCUCAAAAAGUCAGUGUAAAGAUAUUUGCAAAUCUGGCUUUGAAGAAGUUGAUGGCAAAUGUGAUUACUGCCCAAAGGGUUAUUACCGACAGUGGAACAUUCAUGAUGUGUGUGUACCAUGUCCGGCUGGAUCUACCACAAUUGUAUUUGGUGCUAACAAAAUUACAGAUUGUACAAUUGCUAAAUGUAAGUCAGGUGAGUAUUUGAAUGCUGACACACUCUUCUGUACAAAAUGUGAUUAUGGCACCUACCAACCAAAGAUCUGGCAAACACAAUGUAUAAAGUGCCCAGCUGCAACCUGGACCAGAUUAAAAGGUGCAACUCAGAAAACUAAAUGUGAACCCUACUGUCCUGCUGGUCAAUAUUACAAUCAAACAAUGGGAUGUGUGUCAUGUCCAGUUGGAACAUGGAAUAAUGCCAACCAAACUAUGCGUUUCCAGGAAUGUGUUUCAUGCCCAGAAAAUUUCACCACUCCAAGCAAAGAGUCAACAUCUGUAAAAGAAUGUAGUCAAUUGAAUUGUGCUUCUGGAAGUUAUAUGCAUAUGGAGAAAUUUGCAUGUGUACCAUGUCCACGUAACACUUAUCAAUCAGCCAUGGGUCAAACUGUAUGUAUCAAAUGUGCAAAUGGAGAAUCAGAACCCGGCUCAACCAGUCAUUUGGAUUGCAAGUUAAGUUGCCCAGCAGGAACAGAACAUAGUCGCAAUGGUAGUUGUGUUCCUUGUCUUUCUGGAUGGUACAAGGCAGAGCCAAGCAUACAGCCUUGUGAUAAAUGCCAAGGAAACUAUACUUCCAACAGUGAUCAAACCAAAUGUUCUGUCUUGUCUUGUAUGGCAGGUUUUGAAUUAAAAGAUGGCAAGGAGUGUCAGAUGUGUCACCAAGGUUACUACAAAAAUACAUCUGGUAAUAGUGCUUGCUCAAAAUGUCCACUAUCCAAUACAACAACAGCAGGAAAGGGAGCAACCUCAAAGAAAGACUGCAAUUUGGUGUUAUGUGCUAAAGGUUAUUACUUGAAUGUUUACUUGGAGACUUGUCAUCUCUGUGCACAAGCAACAUACAACUCGUUCUAUAACCGGAAUAUUACCUGCCUUCCAUGUCCAAAGGAUAAGACAACAUUAACAAUUGGAUCAACAAGUCUGGAUGACUGCUCUCAGGUCUUUUGCAAAGCUGGUAGCUAUUUGUCUGGUUCAAGUUGCCAACCAUGUGCCAUUGGCUUCUACCAACCACAAAAUAUGCAACAUGAAUGUAUGUCAUGUCCAUUCUCCAUGACUACCUUUGAAGAAGGAGCUGACACAGAGUCUCAAUGUUUAGCUCCUUGUGAAGAUGGUGAAGAGAUGGACUUUUAUACUUAUCAGUGUAAAAAAUGUCCUCGUGGCUUCUUUCGUGAUGCCAGAUACUCUCUUUUAUGCAUUCAAUGCCCUGUUGGUCACACAACCAGGUAUACAGGAAGUAUGUAUGAAUCUGAAUGCAUUAUAACACCAAAAGUGCUUUCUACAUCAAAUUCACCAUCUGUAUUGCUUGUCCUUGACAUGCAAUAUGAAGUGAAAUAUUGCAAUUCAGAGAGGAGUCGUAUAUUGUAUGAACAAAUCAUCACUGAGCACAUACAACAACGGCUUCUGGCUUUGUCUGAAAUGUGGCAAGGUCUUUGCAUCAACAAAUGUAAUGACAUCUUUGUGUCUCUUGUAUGUCCUCAGCCAGAUAUUAAUUUUACUUCUGAUAACCGCCUGAGACGUACAACAAAAUAUGCAAAUGUGCAAGUUAAAAUUUCUGGUACACAAUUUACAUUACAUAAGGCUGAGAAAAAUAUUAGCCACAUGGCUGCCAGUGUAAUUGGUCGGGAUUGUUCAAGAAUUUCCAGAUAUAGUGUGGAAAGCCAAAAUGUUAUCCCAGUAUCUGCUUGUACUGCUCGGGUGGAAUGUGUAUGCCCCUUGGGUCAUUUAUCAGAAGGUGGAAAUGUUACAUGUGGUUAUGGCUGUAUUCCUUGUCCAGUUGGUAAAUUUCAUAAUCUAGAUAUGCAAACAUGUGACUCAUGUCCUGUCUCCUACUAUCAAGAUGAAACAGGAAAAACUGCUUGCAAAAGGUGUGCAGGAACAUCAAAAACAUCAACUGAGGGAGCGACUUCGUCUUCUCAGUGUAUAGAGGACACAAAAAUGACAAUUAUUGGAACUGCUAUAGGAGUUUUCUUGGCAAUUCUUUUAUUAAUUCUUUUGUUGACAGUCCUCUUCAUCUAUUAUAGAAAACACAAAAAGGCUGAAAUGCAAAAGGCUAUUCGAACAACUUCCAAUGAACCCUAUGUCGAUCCCCUUUACAAAAAUAAAUACAAUUCAGCUCGAAGUCUUCAGUCAAGCCGCUUGUGGAUGCGAAGCAAAGGUGGUCCAACAAACACUCGCAUUUCUUCACAUUAUGUAGCACCACAUGUCAGAGAUCACCAUAAUGACAAUGACAACCUUUUAUAA